AUGUUUCAGUUCAGUGCUGGCCAGCCUGGCGACGCGCCGUCUGUCUUGAACGGUUCUAAGCCAACAUCGAGCCUUGUCAGACCCGAAAAGCGUCAAAUCACAAGAAACAGAGCGAGCUAUAGCUGCCUCACGUGUCGCCGGAGGAAAGUCAAGUGUGACAAAGCCCGUCCAAUCUGUGGAGGCUGUCAAAAGGCAGACGUGGAAUGUUUCUACAGCCAGGAUGAUACCACGUCCUCUUCGGCACAACCCGAACUACCGAAAGAAGUCACAGCACCGGCUUGGAAGAAGCGGAAGUCGAGCCCCAUGAGACAAGGUUCUUUCGGAACAACGAUAGGAUCUGACGACUUCAGAUCGCCUGCCGACCUCAAAGCUAUCGAAGAGCAGCUACACCGUUUGACCAAAAUGUUUGACGCGCUUCGCCAGGGCAACGGAAACGAUCUGCGGUUGAAAGAGCUGCUUACGCCUGAGGCUUCAACCUCAGACUCAGGUUCGGACGGGAUUCCACCAAAAUCAAGCAUGAGUUUGGACAUGUUUCAACCGAGCAAUCACGGACCAGCGAGGGAACCCUCUGACCUCAGCAUGCCUUUGUCAGGCUUGAGACUGAGCAAUGGCGAAUCAAAGACAGAAGACCCAUUUUGGAACCAUAUCUCCGACGAGAUUGAUCAACUCAAUCACCUGAUGCGACGUCGGGACAAUACAUACGCAAGCUCGAUCAGCCCGGAGAACAAGCAGUGUGACAGGCCGCGAGAGUGGGCUCCGCCAGUUGACGAAGGCCGCGAGCAAGAAAAGGACGACAUCUGCAACCCCACCGACUUUCACAAAGAAGCUGGCGAGAAGAUGCCGGAAAACAUCGACCCGGACAGCCAUUGCCCGAUAUGUCGCCUGAUGCCAUUUUCUAAAUCUAGUCUGCUGCAAAAUAUGCCAAUCAAAUGUACGCCAGCGACCGCCAUACAACAUCUGACACAGAGCUUGCCCACUAGAGCACAGAGCAACGUCCUCUUCAGAUGUUGGCUAUCCGGGGUGUAUCCAAUUCUAGGGCUUCUUCUACCCUCGGAGGUGAGCAAGAAGCAUGAAGAAUUCUGGGAUCAGAUCGAGUCGAACGGCCUCUCAGAGGCAAACCACAUGGACUUGGACUUUUUGGCCGUGAUCCAUGCUAUAUGGUACGCAGGGUCUCUGAGCAUUUCCACGAAGGGGCUCCGGCAAUGGUUUCCUCAUGUUUCGAGAGCCAGACUUAGCACCCGCUUCCACGAUCAGGUGGUUUUUUGCCUCCUACUGGGUUCCUUCGCCCAGAAUGUUAGCCUAUACAAACUUGCGGCCUUGGUCCUCCUGCAAAGCAUGCCAAUAGCGGAAGAAGACCCUUUACAAGGUAGCCUGUACCUGUCGCUGGCGGUGAGGUUGGCAUUGACCAUGGGCUUACACAGAGAGCCUACUUUGUUUGAGCUGUCUGUGACCGAAGAAGGCAUGCGACGAAGGCUCUGGUGGCAGAUCAUCCAGCUGGAUAUUUCUCAUGUUGUCGCGAGCGGCUACCCUUCUCAGAUCUCUGAGAAAUUCUGCGACACGAGAAUCAACUGCGAGGACAGGGACGCUCGGGCGUUUGAGGACGGAAACGCCAGCGCCAACUCGGACAAAUCUCCAAAGAACUCGUCACCCUAUAGCGCACUGUCAAAUGGAGAGAGCACGAAUCCGAGAGCCUUCGGCACCCUGUCACUUCUGGCGAGGGGGAAGUCGAUCAUGGCAUGCGCCACGCGAAGCGUCGUGUCGCUUCAUCUAGAAACGAAAAGACUCACGAACGGCGACGUGCAAGAAAUGAAAAGAAUCAUGACUGAAGCAGCUGAUCAAGUCAACGCUAUCAUCAAGUCCAUUCCCAGCAAAGGACUGCCAGAAAUGGGAUUCGUACCCGAUGCGCCCAGAGAAGCGCAGCAACGUUCGGCGGAUACCGAUGUGUUGAUGGGCAGUCCAAUCACUUCGAACGACAUUGCGCACUACAAGACCUCCGUCAACAACACUGACCCCUUGUGGCCUUUGGCGGCUUACUAUCGUCAGAAGCAAGCCGCCUACAACAAAUGGGCCCGAAUUAAUCUAUCUAUGCUGAUUGACAAAGUCCAUUGUGUCGCAUACGCCCCUUUCUUGAAGAAUACAAAAAGCAAGCUGUGGGAUAUGGGCCGACAAUGCGCGCUGCAUAAUUGCCACAGUUUCCUCAGAAAAUUCAUAUCACUCGCAGCCGAUCCAGACUUGCAACCUUUUCAAUGGGGUUGGCCUGCGACCUACGGACCGCUUCAUGCGGUUUUGAUAGUUCUUGUUGACCUCUACGAAAGACCCACUAGUGUUGAGGCACCCAGGUCAAGAGAAUUGAUCGACAAGGUGUUCGGGCUGGCUGCUCCUGGAACCGGUAUUGUCGGCGGGCCCGACGGUGUCACUGUUCAAAGACCGCUGCGGGAGGGUGGCGUGGAAGCGUGGGACAUGCUGCGCGGCCUUCGUUCAGCUGCCUGGCAAAGAGCAGGACUCGAUCCCACAGUCCUCUGGACAGAGGCCGAUCAAAUCGAGCUUGGCAUCGCGGUCCCAUUGUCGGAUGCGCAGAAAAUUGCCCAAAGUAUCCGAGAAGAUUCCAUUUAUGACACCCCAACCCCGACUCCUCAGCCCCUGGCUUCAUGGACAAACGAUGCACAAGCAGAACAACAGGUAAUGGAAGAAGGGGUGAGAUAUAUUGUGCAGCUGGCCCACAAAGAGUUUGCGAGUGAAGGCAAUGAACCGCAAGGCCCUCUUUGUUCCCAGACUAUGCGGAGCCAGUUGCGCCAAACUCUUGAAAGUGAUUCUGGGUCAAAUGGCGCUCGAGUGCUGGCACGGCGGGAAGGCCAGCCAAGAAUGCCAUUUCCACUCAGUAAACGUAUGGAGAAGUGCUCUGGUAAGGCCGCCGCGGGCGAGACUGUGCCAGUUGAAGUCCUGCCGAUCCAUUCACAUGUGCCCAGAGCGGAGGGGCAGACUCGUCCUUGUCCUACUCAGGCAACGCCACUUUUUGGCGGCAAUGAAGCAAGAAAUGGCACACACACAGAACAGCAAAAGUCCCAUGCAUCACCUCAACAUGGCUGGGGACAAGUGUCCGUCAAUGCUGUGACCGGCACACAGCAGGACGUAUUCGACAGUCAGUUACCCAAGCAGCAAACCAUUCAAGCGUCUUACGGAAACGGUUAUGUGAAUGGCUACAGCGACGGAGUGCCCAUUCACAAUGAUGAGGAGUCGCACAGGGACCAAAGCUUCGUCUAUACCGAGUUACACCAGGGUGACACGGAUAUGAACAUGGGCUUCGACUGGGAGCGCUGGGAUGCUGUGUUUGGGCAAUACUCUGGAUUCACGGACUUGAUGGAGGAUGUGACAGCAUGGAGUGAGUACCUCGAGUCGUGA